GAAAAAUGAAAACAGGCGGGGAAGAUUCCCGCUCACAUUACACGGAAGAGCAUUUCUUUCUCAAAAUUCGGUAGUAAGAGAGAUGGUCAGUCGGUCUGUGUGAGUAGUAAGAAGAAGAGGAAAAUGAAUUCGUCGUCGCUGGCAGAGGAGGCCCCUGAUCUGGUGUGCCAGAUCGACAACGCCCAGGGCAUGGUCGACGCCCUCACCACCGUCCGAUGGAAACGCCAGCAGGACGCGGUGGUGGAAUUAUCAGAGCACGGCGUCGUUUUAAUUGUGGAGGAAACCGGUUGUCUUCAGGCCAAAGUUUAUUUGCAGCGUGAGCUGUUUACUCGUUACGAAUACAACGGGCAAGGCCGCCCCCGGUUUGGAAUCAGUUUGGGGCUCUUCGUCGAUUGCUUGAACACAUUUUCAGUUCCUGGACAAUCAACCAUUCUCGAAAUUCGCUAUCCCGGCCCUGACAUGCAGCUUCUUCUCAAGUCUGUUGAUUCGUUGGAUGCUUGCAUUUAUGCAGAGAUCAGGACAAGAAUCCCAGAUACAGUUUCAUGGGACUACAAUUUUGAACCCGCAGGGAGCACCCCGCUCACCUUUACUGUUAAGUCUGCGGCGCUGAAGGAAGCAAUCGAUGAUCUUGAGUGGCCUGGAUCAAGCAUCCAGAUCAGUUUACAACCAGUUCCUUCAACUGUUACAUUCAGAGGUGAAGGCCACGGAGAUUUGCAGAUAGACUUGAUGUACUAUGUGAACACCGAUCUUUUGGUUGCAUUUCAUUGUGAUCGUCAAGUAUCUUACAGGUAUAAAUACAAGUUUCUUCGAGCAACUACUUCAAACAUACCUAGCAGCGUCAUUAAAGACAACAGAGGAAGCAAGUUGACUAUUGGGAGAGGGGGAUUGCUGAAAGUUCAACACCUAGUUUCAGUGGCAAGACCAUCCACUUCACACCCUCGGAUUGAUUCUGCUGGGUAUCAGCAACCCAGUCGAAUUGCUUAUAUCGAGUUCUUUGUCAAACCAGAGGAGGAUGAAGACACUGCCAAUGGUUAGUAGGCAGCAACUCGAGUUUGUAGCUACAGUUUUCGCAUUGUAAUUUCAGACGUGAAUCUCACUUGGUGUCCCCGCUAAAACUAAUUGUGCAAGUGUUUUCUUUCGUGCACCAAAAGGAAUGACAUGUUUUCCCGUAAUAA